GAGGAAUACGAAUCCAAAAAUGUUUCGAUACGCUUCACGGUACCAAUUAUGUCUGAAACACAUUUGAAUUGACGUUUAAAGCAUGGCCCAAGCUGUGCAAAAAAACUAAGAGUGGGUAAACUAGAGAUGGUAAACUCACCGUUGACGAAAAUGGUCGGCCAAACAAUUAGCACACUGGUAAAACUAAGGCGUACUAUUACGCCCUUCGUGAAGCGUACAGCUAGUACGCCCUUCUUCAAGCGUACAAGAAUUCAUGCGCUCCUUUCUUCCUAUCUAAAUGCAUGGGGGAAUUGCCUUGGAGCGUAGUUGUAGGCUUCAAGAAGGGCGUACAGUCUUGAAGCGUAGUUGUACGCUUGAAUGAAGCGCACAACUACGCUUUAGUUUUACCAGUGCAGCAGGCAGGCGAUAGUAAUAUUCUUCGGCGUUCUCUCCGGGAAAGUAUCGCUGAUUAUGAUGUCAAAGCUGUCGUAAUCCACAGCAAGUUGAAUGAGGGAAGCAAAGUGGACGUCCGUAGCGCUCAUUAUGCUGGCUGGGAUGCAACUGUGACCACCACACAGAGGGCAGCCUUCUUAUGCCCCAAUGUUCGGCUGGCAAAGUUCUGAUGUGCUCUUUUUGAUACUGCUUGGGCAACAUGAAUCUCAGUCGUUUUUGGUCAAUCUUCCGCGUCAUGCCUUUCUUUUGCUUGACUCUUGUCAGUGGCUCGUCAUGGUUUACUUUUCCCGUCGAGUGGACAUCCACUGCAAAUGUUGAAUUUUGCGGUAACGGACCCAUCCUCAUUCGGUAUGAUUUACAUACACCAGUAGAUCAGUAGCCGCAUGCGAGAACAGUAACUCUCCCGUCCUGAGACCGAUAAGCCAUUUGUGCGUUUUUGAAGCAGAAUUUGCAGUGACUUUUGCUGACGUGCUUGUUAAACGCUUUUUCCAACUCCAAUCUCCACUUAUCUGGUUGCUUGCACUGUUUGCUCGCCCAGUUGUCAGUGUACUUGGACGAAUGCCCUUAGAAAGAGCCUUCGCAGUUGUUUUAUUGCUUUAUUGCAAGGGGCGAUUCCUUUUUGCGGCCUUUGGGUUUCUUUUCUGAACCUUUCAGCUCGUCUUCAUCUGUGAAGCUUCUUCCUCAGUGGAAACUCUUCGGAGGUUCCACCACCCUUCCGUUUAUUGCUUUUGUCGCUGUUUGCAACUGAGACUUUGAUUCAGAAGUAACACUUUCGGAGUCAUACUCUAUUUCAUUGGAAGAGCUCGCAUCGACGUUGGACAGUGAGCUACUAGAUAGGGAUACGUGUCCGUCUGAUAUUGAUGGCUUUUUAUUUUCUGUCAACCUUUGGGGAAUGUGUUCUAAGUCAACAUGUCCACCUUUACACCUGGUGCAUCUGCCACUCUUAUUACUGUAAGAGAGAGAACGAAAAGGGCAGUUAUUAAUGGUUUUUAAAACCAAGUUUACUUGACACUCAAUAAUAUUCAAUCCGAAGUAUCACAGAAAAUAAAAUCGUAGUCUCGAAGCAUGUAGUCCUUUCUCAAAAUCUGGAACACAGCGAAAAACAGCGGUUUUUAGAAUGAAAGAAAACACCAUUUAUUUCGAAACUUCGUUAAAAUUUCGAAAGUUACCCUCCUUUUCUCCUUACUUCACCCGCCGACAUUAAUUUUCCUUGCGCCCAUACAAUGCCUGUACGGCUUUCAUGUCGUCCGGUGUGAAGAAGAUUCCGGCUUGCCUCGGAGCGUGAUAUGACCGGAACAUCAAAGCGUCUUUGAAUUCAGAAUGAUCAACAUCCAGAGCGUGAAGAAAUUCAUGCCACACCACUGCGUCGAAGAUGAAUUCUGUCCAGUUGAGGUUUUGGCGGAUGUGGAUGUCGCCUCCUGCCCAGGACAGGUAGCAUGGGCUAGAACUGACCCUUGAAGUGCGACACGCAGUCAUGCACAUCCGGCACGAAACUUAUUACAAUAUCAGCCACCUCGGGAUGGAAGGCGCUGUUUGAAUCGUGCACGGCGAAAUCUACGAGUGUGAAGGCAGAUACUAAGGUUGUCACUCGGCGAAAGGAAUCUAUAACUUGAGUGUCACUAAUUUGGCCUGUUGGGUCCAAAUUGGAAAUCCUGUACGUCACUGGAGUCCUUCGCCACCGGGAAUUUCCCAGUGCGAAACGGCGGUGGCGCGACGUGCCCGAUUUCCAGGAGCGAGUGACCCUGCAGUGCGGCCUGCGCAUAAUCUCUGCAGUUUGUUCGUCCGGACACCGGUAGCGUUUAGGCCCAACUCUCGCUGGGCGACAGAGAUGUAAUCUUCCAUAUUGCUGUGAAGGUUGCGAGGAGACGAAGGGUUUUCGGCAAGGAGUCCAUACUCGGAGAGGUACAUUAAGAUGUCAUCGUCCGGAGUCGGGGCACCGAGCGCCGAGGACAGGAGGGCACAGAACACCACGAUGACCCACAUGGCGGGCCGUGCUAAAGUUACUGACGUGCCUCGCCGCGUGGCUUUGGCCGCGGCCGGGUGCACUGCCCCCUCGCGCCGCAAUGCUCUGGCGGCCUCCCCACCCCUUCCCCACGGCUCGCAGCGCGAUAACUCUGCAAACUCAACAGUGUACUCAGUACACUAGUUAGAGUGUCGCUCAUGAGUACACUCUUACUAGCGUGUACUCAGAUGGCGAUGGCUUACGCCAGCAGACGCGAGCUGCCAGCAGUCUGCGCUUUUCCCCAAGACGUAAGUUUUGUGCUCUACGAAUUUGGGGCAAAGGACGCUACCCGCCAAACUUGGCGGAGUGACUGUGCGGCAUCAUGCAAAAUGCUGACUUUGUCUUUUUGUCUCCAUUACGGACGCCAGCCCGACCUGCCCGAGCAGGAGCAAUGCCUGGUUGUCCAGUCCACACUUCGGAUUGUUGAGACAUAUGACUGACAAAUCACUUAGACGCCACUGGGACAAUAACAAAUAAUUUUACGAAGUUAUUUCAGAAAAUUAUUCAAAUUGAUUAAAAAACACAUGCAAGGAUACACUCUAAAUGUCUGACGAAGAAAUUUCCCAUAUUAUGAAGGAAAUGGCGCAAGCAUAAUACGAAGGUGGUUUUUCUUCGUAUUACGAAGGUUUUUCUUUGUAUCAUACAAUGAAAAAGCUAAAAAGAUUCGUAUUACGAAGGUCUUGGCUGUAGUAUCUAGUAGCACGUACUGUUCUUCAUUCAUAAAUCCAGCAUCCUUUUGUGUCUUGGCGAACAUUUUGACCACAACGAAUUCACUGAAACAUACGAAUAACAUCGGUCAAAUUUCAUUGUAAGACAUUUAGAGUGUAGAUUGCUGCAGAGGAAUUGGAGCCACAAGUCUCCGGCUGCGCAUGACUGUGACCUCUUCAAGUACCUGCUGGUUUGGCUAUUUGAAGGGAAAAGACAAAUGAAGUAAAACCAAGUGCGAGUUCAUAAAAUUUCUACUUAUUUACGAUCCUAUGGAGCUCGAGUAUUUAGAAUGCAAUAAUUAAGGUGAUUGCAAGGAAGCAGGCUUCAAAUGGAAAUUUUUAGGAAGUGCCCAUGAAGCACUCUGAAACUUGACAUUAAUUUGAGUCUGUUGCUAUUGUGACUUGCUGUACUAAAAAUUAAAUUCAUGAAAUCCUAGGCUCACGAGGAAAAUAAGAUCUGAUUUGACCGCAUAUCGUUGGAUUACAAAGCUCGUAUAUAUAUAAAACCUAGAGUUGAAGGCAACCGUUGCAAAUAACACGAUUUUUCGAAAAUACUUCCAAAACACAUAGUUUGGAGUGUACAGACCGCAAUUUUCAGCGGAUUUGGCAAAGGUUUCGCGCAUACACGCUCGAGACCCUUAAUUUUGGCUUACGCCAAACAAUGAGAAUUGCGAUUUUUUUAUACUAAGCACAGUAAAAACUCAACGAAGAGUCGCCUCGUAAUACGAAGAAAAUGAAGGCAUUGUAAAAUCUACGAAGAAAUGCUUCGCAAACUCCUUUGUAAUACGAAGCACUUCUUCAUAAUACGAAGCAAUUCCGCAAUGCCUUCAUUUUCUUCGUAGUUAUGAAGCAAAUGCUUCGUCGGCUUUUAAGAGUGCUGUUUUUGGAAAGACACGGUGGCUACAAAAGUAACGUUUUCUGAACUUUCUUUGGACGUGCUUACAGAGAUACUUCAAGUUUUCCAAAUCACGUAAACGACCGAACUGUGAAAUUCUUGCAGUGGUUCAGAGAAUUUGACAAACUUGCUACCAUCUGCUUAACACGCCUGAAUAGAUUUGUGAUUUUUAUCUUCAGUAGCAGUGUGCAAACAAGGUUUGGGAGUCUGCGCCUGACUAUUGGUCGAACAGUUAAAGGAUACUUCUUUCGUUGAACAUGCCGGGUAACACUGCCCGGUUCUGGUGCGAAAGCUGCAAGAGGGAAGCGUCCGCCCAGUGCGUGGAGGAGCACCUCAUCCGCAGCCUCAAGAAGGCCCGAGUGGAGGAGGCCGGGCCGCUGCUGCAGACUCUGCAGCAGGCCGACGCGGCCUUGGACCAGGUGUCCGAGAUGCUGCGAGGCCUCCAGGCGAAGGCGGAGCAGGAGAAGGCCGGGGUCGCCGCUGCGCUGAAAGGACUGGAGGACGCCAUGGGUGCGGACGGGGCUGCCUGGGAGCAGGCCAAGCAGGCUGCCCUGCAGGCCGGAGUGUCGAAGAGCACGGCCCAGCUCGCCACCGAUCUGUUCGACGCCACCACCAGGUGCCGUGUGACGGUGCUGCGCGGUGCGGCCGGCGUGGCGGCCUGGCAGAGCGACGUGCGGCCCGCGACGGACGCUGCGGCGCGGCUGCUGCUGCUCCAACUGGCGUGCCGUGGACAUCUGGAGGAACCUGGACAGCAGCCACGGCAACCGAGCCCUGCCCCUUCCGCCCCGCGCUGGAAGGAACGUCCCAACGAGGGCAAGUGGGCGAUGACCGAGGCGGACAUGGCGGCCUCUAUGGCGGUGGGCUCCAGGGUGGCCCGCGGGAGGAACUGGUCGAAAGGGUGCGAUGCUGACGGGGAGCCUCCUGGGCUCGGUACCGUCACCGCAAAGAAGGAAAAAGGAGCUGUGUCUGUGCGGUGGGACUACAGUGGUGUCGUCCGUUGUCAUUGUAUGGGGUUCGAUGGAACGUACCAACUUCGCCUGCUGCCCACUCCAUUGAAGCCACACAUUGGAGCGGUGGAAGGGGAAUCCUUCUUGGAUGUGAAAACCACCUGCCCCAUGUUCCUUCCGAAGGGCAUGUCCACGUUACUGACAGAUGGACGUCUCGCACAUGUGCGUUACUUGGCGGGCCUGCCCUGCGAUGUGGCCCCGUUCUGGAGCUGCAAGGUGCUGGACCUGGUGGCGCCUCGCCUGGAGGGCCUGCAGAUGGUGUCCCCCCUGCAGCGGCACGUGGACUUGGCCCUGGCGAUGCCGCACCUGCGCUCCCUGGCCAUCACCGGCGUGACUGGAGAGCACCUGGAGCUGGUGAACAAGAUGGCGUCGCUGCGCAGCCUGGAGCUGCACUGCAAGCUGGAGUGCUGCCGGAGCUGACCUUCUUCUCCGCGACACCCGCCUCCAGCCUGCAGUGGCUGCGCUGCGGCGUGCACCCGCUGUCCACUGCCCUGGCCCUGGCGAGCGCGCACGCCGACACACUGGAGGAGCUGCAGCUGGUGGCGGCCUCCACGGAGCCCUACGGCUGCCCCGACCUGGCCCAGGAGCUGCAGCGCUGCGGACUCAAGUGCCUCAGGAGGAUGGUGCUGCUGCGGCAGACGGGCUGGAACGAUCCCUGUCGCCACGACAAGGACUCCUGCACUGUGCAGACGCGACGCGUGUGGGACAUGUUUGUGGAGAGUGGCGUGAAUGUUGAUGUCAUUUGUAGUGUGUGCGACGGCGCAGAGUUCCGUUAGACGGAAAAGUUUAAUUGUGAGCUCUUGAUCUUGCAUCCGCUGACUCUGAAAUGUUUCGUCCUUGGCCCUGUUUCCUGGUAAUUACUGUUUGUUCUGGUUACUGUCUCGUAGUUUCUUGUUUGUACAAAGGCUUAUUUGGUUUUCUAAUUGUCAAUGCGUGCUUCUAAUCACUUAUCCGUCCAGUUGUCAGAAACACUUGUCGAAAUAAAGAAGUGUACGCAACGCA